AUGUCAAAUCAACAAGAACCUAUUGAAAAGGCAGAAGAACAAAAUAAUAAUGUUUUUGACGAAGAACCUCAACAGGACACAAUGACUUCCCAAGAGCAGACAACUAAACAUGAUAUACAUGCAUGGCGAAGAAAUCGUUCAUACAUUUAUCAGCGUAAUCCAUUAUCGGCCAGACCAUGUCGCGAUCGAUUAGUUCGAACACCAACUGUUAUUGCUAUGUGUGGAUUACCAGCACGAGGCAAAACAUACAUUUCAAAAAAAUUGGCACGUUAUUUACAAUGGAUUGGAAUCAAAACAAAAGGUAGAAAUAGUAUUUUAAAUUUUACUAAUGCAUAA